UUUUAAGGUAAACUUGAGUAAUAGCUAUACAAUUCCCAACUAAAAAAGUUGAGCAUUUUGGACUUCUUAUUAAAUUGGCUUUGUUGGGCUGUAAUGGGCCCAGUAAUUAAUUAUGAUAUUUGUGGUCUGGGCUUGUUGUAGCCUGUAGGGCCUACGGCAUGCUGACUAAAAACUGUUUCUUUGUUGGUGUUUAAUUUCAGGCUGUUUGAUUCCGAAGAUAAAGAUGAUACGAGAAAGGCGAGUAGGCGAGUAGGCGAGUAGUAGUACCUUUCAGUUGAACACACAAUAAAAACCUCCCCUCGCCCUUGCCCAACUCCGACUCCGACGACGAUGCUUCCCCAUCAUCCUUCUCUCCGGCGGAUCUCCGACUGCUUUGUCAAACCAGAUUGCCUUCCCCAAGAAUCCAAGCAGCCCUAUUAUUUGAACCUUUGGGAUCUCACCAUGCUUUCCGUAAAUUACAUCCAGAAAGGGCUCCUCUUUCUCAAACCUUCUGAGGCCUACGGCGACCCACACAAUUUCAUGCUCACUCUUCUCCACCGCCUCAAAAAUUCCCUUUCCACCGCUCUCUUCCAUUUCUACCCACUUACAGGCCGAUUUUGUACGGCCAACAAUCACAUUGAUGGCCAAGCUUCCAUUUUUAUUUAUGUGGACUGCAUUAACAGCCCCGGAGCAAAGUUCACCCACGCUGCUCUGGACGCCACAAUUUCUGACAUUCUGUCCCCAAAUGACGAUGAGCCUUUACUGCUCCAAUCUCUGUUUGACCUCAACGGAGCCGUCAACUACGACGCCCAUACCCUGCCUAUACUCUCCAUUCAGGUCACUGAAUUGUUGGACGGCAUCUUCAUUGGUUCCUCCCUAAACCAUUCCAUUGGCGACGGAACCUCUCACUGGAAUUUCUUCCGUACUUGGUCUGAGAUUUUUAAUGACGUUCCAAUUUCACGGGCGCCCAUUCUGAAGCAGUGGUUCCCGAAAGGGUAUGGUCCAAUCAUCAAUCUCCCCUUCACCCACCCGGAUCAAUUUAUCAGCAGAUCCGUUUCCGUAGCACCCCAAAAACUUAGGGAGAGGGUGUUCCACUUCUCAAAAGAAUCCAUCGCAAAGCUGAAAGCAAGAGCCAACGCAGAGUGCGGCACCAAUGAGAUCUCGUCCUUCCAGGCGUUGUGCGCACUUGUAUGGAGGUCCAUAACACGUGCUCGUAGCGUAGCAGAGGAUCAAAGCAGUAGCUGCAAGUUGUUUGCCAAUAACAGAGGAAGACUAGAGCCCCCCUUGUGUGAAGACCACUUCGGCAACAUAGUGACAGCAGUGAAAGCAGAGGCAAAAGCAGGGGAGUUGGUGGAAGCAGGGGUUGGUUGGGGAGCGUGGAAAUUGCACGAAGCUGUGGUGGACAAUAAGUACGAGAAGUUGAGAGAGGAAGUUGAAAAAUGGUUGCAGUCUCCUUCUUUUCAUCGAUUUGGGGAAGGAAUGGAUCCCUACGCCGUGGUGAUCACGAGCUCCCCGAGAUUCAAGAUAUAUGAGAAUGAAUUUGGAAUGGGAAAAGCGAUGGGGGUUCGGAGUGGAUGUGGAAACAAGUUUGAUGGGAAAGCGACUUCGUAUCCAGGACGUGAUGGAGGAGGAAGCGUAGAUUUAGAGAUCACUCUGUUGCCGAAAAAUAUGGCCAAUUUGGAGUCGAAUACGGAGUUCAUGGCUUCUGUCUCUUACUCUUCCCCACCUCAUCUGCACCACCAUUGUUAGAGGUGGAAUGCUGUGCAGUCUCCACUGCCUCCAAAUCUUUAGAUCAAGCCAAACCAUCAACUUUAACAACUUCUAAUAACUCUGAGGGGGUUUGGUUUGCGACGCGUGUUUAUUAAGUAUGAGUUCUUUUCUAAGUCCGUAUUUAGUUGUGCAAAUAUCAUGUUUGUUAAGUUUGGAUUUAUUAAACCUUUAUUUGGUUGACAAAAAAAGUCAACUGUGAGUAUGCUAAACCUUUGUUUGGAUCAUUUUGUUAAACCUAAGUUUAUUA